AUGAGCGACCCCGCGCAGCAGACGACAGAGAGAAAUAUGUCAUCGACGUCAUCGUUUGAGUUGGACUCGGACGACGUGACCAUUGAUGACGGCGACGAUUCUCAGAAUUCCACUUCUAUGUCUUCCGUAUUUACAUAUCCCGAAAACCGUCAUCAAAGUAAUGAUAAGACACAGUACAAAAGUGAAAAGAAGAAAACUAUUGCCAGCAAGUGUAUAGACGAAAAAGAGGUACAAGAUCUAAGACUUAAGAUCAAUUCUAGAGAGAGAAGGAGAAUGCACGAUUUAAAUUCAGCUUUGGAUGGAUUACGAGAAGUGAUGCCCUAUGCUCAUGGACCAUCAGUUCGAAAACUUUCAAAAAUUGCUACACUAUUAUUAGCCAAGAACUACAUACUUAUGUUAAACAAUUCUUUGGAAGAGAUGAAGAAACUAGUGAGACACAAUGCGGAUGAAAUUGCUAAGACUGUGAUAAUGAAUGUACUGAGAGGUGACAUUGGAAGAUUACAGAGGUGUACAGCCAUCACCACGGGAACUGAGGGAGCCCUUCCCAGAAGUAAACCAUUCAAGUAUACAUACGAGAAAGAGAUAGUCAUGUAUGCCUACUUUAAAAAGCUGGAUUAUUUCUCCACAGAGCGUAUAUAUUCUCCUAAUGCUUAUAGGGGAUUUGCAAGGGCUUACAUAAAAGACUUGGAAAAGAUCCGACCAAGUGCUAUAAUUGAUAUUGUUCACUCGGGAGAGAGUUUGUCGGUAAAGAAAGCUGUGAACCUACCAGUACAAGGUACUUGUGAGAGGUGUGGCUAUAUCUCCAGUAACCCCCUGUGUAAGGCCUGUAUUCUACUGGAGGGACUCAACAGAGGCUUGCCAAGACUUGGAAUUGGCAAAAGUCACAAAGAGAGACGCAAGCUGAAUGAAAUGUUGGCCCAGAAAUCAGAAGCUACUGACGUUGGUACAAAUAUGGACACUUCAAAAGAGACAACUGAUAAUGCAUCAAUGACAGAAAGCUUGGGAUCAACGAACACAAAACAAAAAUGUGAAAACUGUUCUUGUGGUAGCGGUUGUUUAUCUGACAAACUAGAGGAAGUUAAGCUGGACAGAAGGAAAAUAGACCCAACAAAGAUAGAUUUCUGAUAUGUUGGUACUUAGAUGGAAUGAAAUGCAAUGUAUACAUUUUUUUACCAAAUGAAAAACUAAAUGAUUACAGGAAAACACACUUAUAAGGAAUGUUAAUUCCCCGUGGCUUUAAAAUAUAUUGUUAACUUGAGGGAUACAUUGAAUUAUGUUUAUAAAGAAGCAAAAUCAUCCAUCCCUGACACUUUUUUAUAAGCGUAUUUUUCUGUAUUUCUAAUCAUAUAUCUAGCCAAUGAAAUUCAAUAACACUGUGAAUAAAUGUUGGAAAUUAAAUUUAUUAAACAUUGCGUUUGAAAGUCUUUCACAGCCAUUUUUUUUUAAAUUUGAUUUUGAUAGAAAAGUAUAAUUAGAAUAUAAUUAUAUUUUUAAACAAAUUGUUCCCGAAUUUAUACCUUGUUUGUAAAAUCCACUGCAUUACAAUGUA